UCUGCAGAAUUGCAUUUGAGAUCUAGAUUUAAAAAUGAAAAGAUGAUGUAUAGUGCAAAAUGACAGGAGAAUGAGCAGGUGACACAGCAAUACAAGCUGUGGUACAAUCAUGGGAGGUGUGAUCUCACGCUUCCGGGGUGAGCCAUCAAAGAAGCAAGAGCUGGAAAGCAUUGACAAGGAGAUUCGAAACCUGGAAGAAUACAAAGUGACAACACAGGCAUGGGAGAAACGGCUGGUCGGCUACCUCAUCUUCUACUCCAUUGUCUUCUAUGUUGUUGCCAUGCUUGUCCUCUAUUUCCUGUUCUUCCCUCCAACAUGGAAGGAACGUGCCAUUUAUUCCAUCCCUCUUCUUGCCUUCCCCCUCUUAGUUUGGGGUGUGAAGUGCCUAACAGUAUGGUAUUAUGGACAAAAGAUCCUUUGGAAGGAAGACAAACUCAUGGAACUGAGGAGAAGGAAGCGGAAGAUAAUUGAGAACGUGAUGGAAACCGAGACUUUUAAGGUUGCCAGUGAGAUCCUUGAGAAACAUGCACCUGAUCAACUGCGCAGACUCUUUGGGGAGGACUCCUCAGCAAAGACAAAUACACCCAAGACAGUGCACAACUCACCUUCCCCAUCCUCUCACCUUUUUUCCCUGUUGCCACCUUUACCCCAGUUUUUCUUGGGAGAGAAAAAGGUGCCAGAAAGGAUCCAGCCAGUAAGUCUGACUCCAUUUCCAAGGCCAAUGCCAGCAAAAGGUAUGGAAUUACGUCGCAGACUCCCACCCCCACCCCCACCACCUCAACAACCUAGUCGAAUUAUAAACACCAAUCAGCCAUCAAUGCAGGGUAGUGGAAUGAGACCUAGCCAGUCUCCUCCCUCCCUUUCUCCUCCUCUACAAGUUCAACCACAGCCCAGGCGCCUUGGUGUGCCUCCUGGGCCCCCAAUUCCUCGCCCGGUUCCUCCACGAGAAAGGGGACUUAUGGAUCGAGUAGUGGAGUAUUUGGUUGGUGAGGGUCCUAAUAAUCGCUAUGCCCUUAUUUGCAAGCAGUGUCAUUCACAUAAUGGCAUGGCACUGGAGGAAGAAUUUGAGUACAUCAUGAAUCCUGCAAGAAAGCAACGACCUCAAGCACCACGCCUCAAUUACCCUGAGACAGCGAGUGACCAGGAAGACGGAGCAUCUGGAGAUCAGGCACGUACAGAGGUUGAGGCCAAGGACACUAGAGAAAGUCCAACAGAAAAAGGAGAAGGAGAGCAUGAAAGAAAAAUUUCAGACACCCAGAAGGAUGAAGAGAGGAUAGAUACUGUGCAGCAGGAGGAAGAAGUUGAAGAACAAGAACAUGAAGAAGCAGAUGACUCCAAAUUGUUACAAUUUUCUUAUAAUUCCAAUGAGGCGAUGGAAAUAGAUAAUGAAGACACAGGAGAAAUGGAUGAGGGUGCCCAUGCAAAGAGCAUUGAAGGGGGAAUGAAGGAAGAAAAUGAUGAUGCAGAUCAACUGCCUUCUUUCCCAACUGUUUCAGAGACAGAGAAUGGUGAGCCCAGAGGAGUAAUCUCAGAUGUUGUCUCCUAGUCCUCCAUUUCUCAUUUAGUCAAUGCAGCUCAUGCCAAAAAGAGAUUUCAGGGGAUGUUGUAGACUAUUUGGAUGAAGUUUCUGGAGUGCUUGCCCUUGGUUGUGCUUCAUCAGGAAUUCCAGAUUGCUUUGGUCGAUCUGUUCCCCAAUUGGUGUGUCUGAAUUCUUUUUUUUUAGAGUAUUCUCAGAAAAAUAAACAGCUUAAAUAUG